CGUCAGUCAGUCUACUCUCUCAGUCUUUCUCAGUCACUGCAGGGUGCUGCUGUGCUGUGUGCAGUUAGAAGGACCAUGGAUUUUCUGAUACUGCUAUCCUUGUGCCUAGUCAGCUGGAGAGGAGCAUGGGGACAGAAAGAUGCAAAUAAUAAUGUGGUAGAAGCUGAAGAGGGGGAUGUCGCCAGCAUUCCCUGCACAGCUUACAGAGCUGAGCAAUCCAGUAACGCCUCUGUUCAAUGGCUAUAUGAGAAGAACAGUGUACAGAAGAUCGUAGCUAUUGGCCCCCAUGGGACAGUUAAAGAGGACUCAGAACUGAAAGAACGAGUUAAUUUGGAAAACGUUACUUUGAUAAUUAGUGGAGUACGUGUUCAAGAUGAGAGGACAUAUAUCUGUCAGGUGGAGAAGUCAAGUGUGGAUAUUGCAGAAAGCAAAGUUCGCUUGCGUGUUUACAAGGCUCCUGAGUUUCCAGAAAUCAAACUGCCUACAGCGGGAUUACCCGUCAAUGAAAAAGCUGAGGUUGCAACUUGUGAAAGCAAGAAUGGCUUCCCAGCUCCAAACAUUGCCUGGUAUAAGAAUGGUUUUCCUCUUCAACAUGAUCAUGACGGUGUGGAAGUGUCAUAUCAGAAUACUCAAGAGUCCAGCGGCCUUGUCACAGUAAUGAGCAUUCUCAAUAUGCAAGUUGUUCAGUCUGAUAACGACGCUGUGCUUUACUGUGAGGUCUCGUACCAUGUUCCAGGAGGUGACUUUAUGAUGGAGUCGAAAAAAGAAAACCUCACAGUGUAUUACCCCAAUACUAAAGUAACAUUAUAUAAGGAGAAACCAUCAGGAUCAGUGAAGGAAGGAGAUACUGUGGAACUGAGAUGUGUAGGUGAUGGAAACCCACAACCGGAAAUAACCAUCUCCAAGAAAGAUACUGAUGGGUCUUCAUUGGUAGAACAGCCAUCACUGAUCCUGGAGAACGUUCAGCGUGGAGCCUCUGGUGGCUACGUAUGUACUGGAAUAGAUUAUAGUGAUGGUUAUCAUGAAGCAAGUGCUGAGAUAGAGCUCCAUGUACAUUUUUUGGAUCCACCCAUAUUUUCUGAAAAGUCUCCCCUUCUGGUAAAUCUAGGAGAUAAUUUGAGUGUCUCCUGUGAAGUCAAUGGGUCAAGUAAGGCAGAGAUCGUGUGGCAGAAAAAUGGAAAGGACUAUUUUCAUGGGGAUUUACUGAAUCUGGAUGAAGUGGAUUAUGACAUCUCUGGAAAUUACACCUGUUUCGUACACUUACCUGAUGUACCAGAGCUGAAUGUCACCAACAAUUUGGAAAUUGUAGUUGCAGGAAAACCUGAUGUGUCCGUGAGCUCUAAGGUCCUGAGUGUAAACGAGAACGAACUGGUGACUGUGACAUGCAGAGCGAUUGGUCAUCCAGCAGCGGACAUCACCUGGUCAAUCAAUGGCUCAGUGGAUGGAAAUAUUGAUGAACUUGAAGUAACCAGUGAAUUGACGUUCAGAGUAACUCAAGACCUUAUCAACACAAGCAUUAGUUGUGUGGCUACUAACUUGUAUGGCAGCAGUGAAGAAGAGAUCCAACUGGAGCAAAGUGCUGAAAUGACUGUAUCCACAGUAAUACCUGUCACAGACCUUGUUACCACAGCAGUACCAGAUAGCGGCUCAGACCUUGUUACUACAGCAGUACCAGAUAGUGUCUCAGACCUUGUUACCACAGCAGUAGCAGUUAGUGGCUCAGAAGAAAACGUCAUACAAGAAACCACACGUGCAGGCAGUCAUGGUGUGAUCAUCGUCGUCGUCAUCGUGUGUAUCCUUUUGCUGGCAAUCCUUGGAGCUGUGUUAUACUUCCUGUAUAAAAAGGGGCGCAUUUCAUGUGGGCGCUCUGGGAAACAGGACAUUACAAGGCCAGGUGAGAAGGAACAUAUUGUUGUGGAAAUGAAACCGGAUUCACCAGCUGAAGAAUCCGUGCUUCUCCCUGGAUCACAAGAGAAGAAACCUCCAGGGGACCAGGAAAAAUAUAUGGACAUUAGAAACUAAACUGCCUCGUGUUGGACCCUUACUGAUUCCACUGUUUACUACUGGGACUUUAUAUAAGUUCUCCUUAAUGCUGACAGACUUUUUGAAGUGACUGCACCAUGCUGAACAGUUGGUAUUGUUCUGAUGGACCCGGACUGAUCUCAGGUUACUCUCGUCGGAAAACUGUAACCACGAUCCCAGAGAUCCAACCAACGCUUUAUACAAUGAUGUCACGUCCUGUGGGUAACCCUUUUACCUAAAGAAGACUAUCAACAAGUGAAUUCUGAAGUAACCUUUGUGGCCUGCAUUUGUUUUCCUAUCUAGUAUCCGUUAGCUCUGACAUUAAACUGACCAAGGUUGCCUACAUUAUCUUUCAUUGUGACAAUAGCAGGAUAUGGACAGACUCCAUCAAAUUAGUGGAUCGGAGGGAUUCUAAUAUAUUGUAGACUAAGCACAAAGCAUAGUGGAGGACUGCAGGAUCAACACCGAAGAAAUGCACUGGCAAUCUAUCUUGCAACCCUUUAAUUAUAA